CUAGCGUUACUGUUUGCUCUUUUGCGUGCAAGAAGCCGCAGAGAGUUGACUGGGACAGGACAUUGGUGGAGGGCAUACGAAGUCAAGACAGGGCACAGCAAAAAUAUCCAGAAAUGUUUUCCCUGUCUUCUACAUUGCAACCACAGGUUACAGUCCAACUGAGCCACAUCAUCAAUGCCUUUCAUUCUCUCAAGAGCUCUGUUAGUAGCACGCCUGGCAGAGUUCAGCAUAGAGAUCAGGCCCCAGAACAAGAUGUACAGAUCACAGAGACUACCUGGAACCUGAGGGAGCUAGGUUUGACAGACCUAGGGGUAGGACAACUAGAUGAAAUAAUGAAUAAGUUGCUGCCUAGCAUUGUCCAGCAGGGGGCACUCCCAGCCCCAAACCCAGCCAAAAGCCCAUGGAAAACCUCCCACAGCUCCACAGAGUCAUUCUUCCACAACAAGCAUGGAUUUUCAGGUGGGCGUAUUUGUGGGGCUUCCCCAAUCUUCUGUAGACAGAAUAUUUCUCCUCUACAGACUUUACAUGUAGAUAUGCAGUUUUGGCCAUCAUGGCAGCAGAGUCGGGGCUUUAAGACCUUGAAGUCUAGAAGACGAUUGCAAGGUUUCGAUCGCUCAGUGGAAUCUGAGGGGUUUACUCCUUCUUUCAUGAAGAAUUUCCUGACACGAGACAAGGGACAAGAGGUGGAAACUCUUGACAAGAUGCUUAAAACCAGAAACAUUCCCAACGGACAGCAUGAUGCUUUCAAGACUGGCUUUGCUGAAGGUUUCCUGAAAGCCCAAGCACUUUCUCAGCGCACACAAGAGGCCUUGAGGCGGACUCGACUCAUCCUGCUAGUGUUGUUGCUGGUGGGCCUGUACGGACUCUCCAAGACGCCCUUUCUGUCAGUGCGAUUCCGAACCACAUCAGGAUUGGACUCAGCGGUGGACCCUGUUCAGAUGAAAAAUGUGACCUUUGAGCAUGUGAAGGGGGUGGAGGAGGCCAAGAACGAGCUGCAGGAGGUGGUGGAGUUCCUGAGGAGCCCACAGAAAUUCACUGUCCUCGGGGGAAAACUGCCCAAAGGCAUCUUGCUUGUCGGCCCUCCGGGCACAGGGAAAACUCUGUUGGCCAGGGCUGUGGCAGGAGAGGCCGAUGUCCCUUUCUACUACGCCUCUGGCUCUGAGUUUGAUGAGAUGUUUGUGGGUGUUGGAGCCAGUCGCAUCAGGAACCUGUUCAGGGAAGCCAAGGGCAAUGCUCCAUGUGUGAUCUUUAUCGAUGAGCUGGACAGUGUGGGGGGCAAGAGGAUCGAGUCGCCCAUGCAUCCUUACUCCCGACAGACCAUUAAUCAGCUCCUGGCUGAGAUGGACGGGUUUAAACCAAAUGAGGGGGUCAUAAUCAUUGGGGCGACCAACUUCCCGGAAGCUUUGGAUAAUGCUCUGAUAAGGCCAGGUCGGUUUGACAUGCAGGUCACCGUCCCCAGGCCAGAUGUAAAAGGACGCACAGAGAUCCUUAAGUGGUACCUCAGGAAGAUCAAAGUAGACCCAGCUGUGGAGGCGGAGAUCAUUGCCAGGGGAACCGUGGGGUUCUCGGGGGCAGAGCUGGAGAACCUGGUGAACCAGGCGGCGCUGAAGGCAGCUGUGGACGGCAAAGACAUGGUCACCUUGAAGGAGCUGGAGUUUGCCAAGGACAAGAUCCUCAUGGGCCCAGAGAGGAGAAGUGCGGAGAUCGACGAAAGGAACAAACGGAUCACGGCCUACCACGAGUCUGGACACGCCAUUAUUGCAUAUUACACCAAAGACGCCAUGCCUAUCAACAAGGCCACUAUCAUGCCACGAGGCCCUACCCUGGGCCAUGUGUCCAUGCUGCCAGAGAACGACCGCUGGAGCGAGACCCGAGCCCAGCUGCUGGCCCAGAUGGACGUCAGCAUGGGAGGCCGCGUGGCCGAGGAGCUCAUCUUCGGGGCCGAAAACAUCACCACAGGUGCAUCAAGUGACUUUGAUGGUGCAACAAAGAUAGCCAGAAUGAUGGUGACUCGAUAUGGAAUGAGUGAAAAGCUGGGUGUGAUGACAUAUGUAGACCAGACAAAGCAGAGCCCAGAGACACAAGCAGCUAUUGAGAAGGAAGUCCGGAUACUCCUGAGGGACUCUUAUGAGCGGGCCAAAGCACUCCUGAAGAGCCACACCAAGGAGCACAAGAACUUGGCCGAGGCCCUGCUCCGAUACGAGACCCUGGACGCCAAAGAGAUCCAAAUGGUCCUGGAAGGGAAGGCUCUGCAGACCAGAUAAGCUCUGGAGGCUUCAGGAGGCUAAAGCCACGAGUCCUGAAUGUACAUGUGCAACCUCAACAAGAACAACAAGUCAAGCCGCACAAGCUAGUUUCUCCAAGUGUUUUUGACCACGUGUCUAGGCUACACAUCUGUCACUUUAUCCUCUGGGCCUCUCGCACAACAGAAGUAGUCCGCAGGACCAGGCCCAGGAAUUGUUCACCCAAUCAAAGUCUGUCCACGUAUGUCUUGUGACUACUCAGGCUGUUUGUUGACUGUCUUCACUACCUGUUAUACCCACGCUACCCCUCUGCACUGGAUCAAGUCAUCUGUUCCAUGGCAAACAAGCCCACAAGCAGCAAGCCACUCAUGUCACUAGUAAUAAAACAGAAAUAAGGCCAGCAGUACAUACGUGUUUUCAGAUGUCAUCUGAUGUCUUUUGGUUGGUGGUUUCUCAAAUUAAUGCCAGUUGUGUUUUCUGUAUGUGUGUGUGCUUCUUGUAAAAGGUGGCCUUUCAGAAAUCUUUAGAUGGAGGUAUUUGUUUCUUGGGAGGAGGUGCAAAAAAAUGCAUCGUUCGUAGCACUUUGGUCAAUGCAAAACUGUAAGUGUGUGAGUGUAUAACCAUGCUUUAACUGAACACGGGGAAAUUGCUGCUGCCGUUUGGUCAUUUGAAAUUGCAAUCAACAUCUGAACGCAAGCAUGUCUUCUGUAUGUUUCUCCUGCUGUGAAGAGUAAGUGUGUGAGUGUGUACACGCCACAGGAGCCCCUUUGUGUGUGUGUGUGUGUGUACACACAAAGGCGUGGGACUGAUGAGGUUGAUAGAAAGUCUUUGAAAUGACUGACUCCAUGGACUUUUUUUUUAAUGAGCGACUCAGGGAUGUGAGGGGAUUGGUGUCUGGUGAAUGGCUGGAUGUGAGGGGAUUGGUGUCUGGUGAAUGGCUGGCCACGGCUGUGUUAUACAGACUCCCUGUUUCAUGCAUAUCAGUAAGGAGAUAUUGGUCUAUUCAAGUGUGACUGCUUUUAAUUUAGCUACGGUCCUUUAAGGGUAACUAUUCUAUGCUUAUGUAUUUAGGGUUUUUUUUGUUUUUAAAUUAUUAAUUUUUUUAGGGAAUUCUUUUUUUAAAUCAAACUGCUGAUUUAUUUCCCCUGGUGACAUACAGUUUAGAAAAAUAUGAUGGUUUAUGUAUGCUAGAGUCAUACCCGGAAGACUCUGAGCACCUUUUACAUACAUUAUGAAUGUUUUGGUUCAUUUGCUUUGAACUUAUUAGUAGUUUGCCAUGUUAAAUCCACAAAAUAUAAUCUGGUUAUGUUUAUUCAGUGCACAACUCUUGCCCUGGCUUCUGCAUCUUGCCCUUGUGUUUGCCUUUUUACCCAUGAUAUGUAUUGUACAUAUUUAAAGCACUUCAAUGGGGACAUUGUAUAUAGCUGUAUAGAGGUAUUUUAAGUUGAGUAUUUAGUUUUAUGCUUUUUGUGUCCGAACUUGACAGAUUUGUCAAACCCAAGCUAUAAAUAAAGUAUACAACAACUCCUA